ACUGAAGGCUGAGAACGAGAGGACGAUUUGAGCUGCGUGCAGGUGAAUGAACGUUCUGUGACCGGUGGCUUGGCCUUCUUCCUGCCUUCGUAGAGAUGGAUGAUGGCGUCUUGGUUGUCCUAUAAUAGAAAGGAGCGCUGAGCACGUACAAUGGCUUCCAGUUCCACCUGCUGGUGGUUCCAUGUGCUAUUCCUAACUACUCUCUCCCACCUGUGUGUCCGCCCAGAGGGGACGAGCUCUGGAAAUGCGACAUACACGAGUGAUGUUACUAAAGGACCCGACCCGAUCUAUACAACCGGGGAGGAGACCACUGAGCCACCGACCACCUAUCUAGGGACAGGAACCACUUAUCCCACGACAUACACGAGUGAUGUUACUACAGGACCCGACCCGAUCUAUACAACCAGGGAGGAGACCACUGAGCCACCGACCACCCAUCUAGGGACAGGAACCACUUAUCCCACGACAUACACGAGUGAUGUUACUAAAGGACCUGACCCGAUCUAUACAACCAGGGAGGAGACCACUGAGCCACCAACCACCUAUCUAGGGACAGGAACCACUUAUCCCACGACAUACACGAGUGAUGUUACUACAGGACCCGACCCGAUCUAUACAACCAGGGAGGAGACCACUGAGCCACCGACCACCCAUCUAGGGACAGGAACCACUUAUCCCACGACAUACACGAGUGAUGUUACUACAGCACCCGACCCGAUCUAUACAACCAGGGAGGAGACCACUGAGCCACCGACCACCCAUCUAGGGACAGGAACCACUUAUCCCACGACAUACACGAGUGAUGUUACUACAGGACCCGACCCGAUCUAUACAACCAGGGAGGAGACCACUGAGCCACCGACCACCCAUCUAGGGACAGGAACCACUUAUCCCACGACAUACACGAGUGAUGUUACUAAAGGACCCGACCCGAUCUAUACAACCAGGGAGGAGACCACUGAGCCACCGACCACCCAUCUAGGGACAGGAACCACUUAUCCCACGACAUACACGAGUGAUGUUACUACAGGACCCGAUCCGAUCUAUACAACCAGGGAGGAGACCACUGAGCCACCGACCACCCAUCUAGGGACAGGAACCACUUAUCCCACGACAUACACGAGUGAUGUUACUAAAGGACCCGACCCGAUCUAUACAACCAGGGAGGAGACCACUGAGCCACCGACCACCCAUCUAGGGACAGGAACCACUUAUCCCACGACAUACACGAGUGAUGUUACUACAGGACCCGACCCGAUCUAUACAACCAGGGAGGAGACCACUGAGCCACCGACCACCCAUCUAGGGACAGGAAACCACUUAUCCCAGUAA